AUGCUGGCACGUACUGUUCUGCGCAGCGUGCCCUCCCGGGGUAUCGCCCGUCAGUCGUUGAGCAAGACCACCACGCGUGCGUCUUCCUCGACAGCCGGUGCCGAAGCCGCCAGCUCCCCCUUCCACCUCACACUCACUGCGUCCGUCGCAACCGCUGCCGCCGUCGGAUCCGCCGCCUGGUACUACACUGUCUAUGGAAAGGAGGCAUUUGCUAUGACACCUGCUGAGGAGGGUCUGCACCCUACCAAGUACCCCUGGGAGCACGAGAAGUGGAACAAGACCUUCGAUCACGCCGCUCUCCGCCGUGGUUUCCAGGUCUACCGUGAAGUUUGCGCCAGUUGCCACUCGCUCACCCGUGUCCCAUGGCGUUCGUUCGUCGGUGUCAUGCACACCGUCGAUGAGAUGAAGGCCUUCGCCGAAGAGAACGAAUACGACACCGAGCCCAACGACCAGGGUGAAAUCGAGAAGCGUCCCGGAAAGCUUUCCGACUACAUUCCCGCCCCCUACAAGAACGAGGAGGCUGCCCGUGCCGCCAACGGCGGUGCUCUGCCCCCUGAUCUCAGCUUGAUCGUCAAGGGCCGUCACGGUGGCUGCAACUACAUCUUCAGCCUUCUGACCGGUUACCCCGAUGAGCCCCCAGCUGGUGCUACCGUCGGAGAAGGCAUGAACUUCAACCCUUAUUUCCCCGGAACCGCCAUUGCCAUGGCCCGUGUCCUGUUCGAUGGUGUCGUUGAGUACGAGGAUGGCACCCCUGCCACCACCUCUCAGAUGGCCAAGGAUGUUGUCGAGUUCCUCAACUGGGCCGCUGAGCCUGAGAUGGACGACCGCAAGAAGAUGGGUGCCAAGGCCAUUACCAUGCUCACCGGUCUCUUCGCCCUGAGCGUCUGGGUCAAGCGCUACAAGUGGUCUCCCAUCAAGACGAGAAAGAUCGUGUACAGCCCCCCCGUUCCCCGUCGCUAG